AUGAACAAUGUUACGAUCACCAUCGAAGAUGAGCAUCCCUCGAGUUUCGCUGUGGCCCUGGUGCACACCCAGCCGAAAACCGCGGCACUGAUUGCGGAUGAGACGCCGGCAUGCGAGGAGGAGGAUGCUUUGCGAAGGGUUCGGAUGCUGUUGAAAGACACUUGGGGCAUCACGAUGGAGGAGUUCGAUCUUGGGCCGAAGCCCGAACCUCCUCCGGAGGAAGAACCAGAAGCGCCUCCGCAGCCCGAUGCUCCAAAGCUGGACGAGGAGGAUGAGGAGGUCACCUGCGUGCUCUCCAACAAGCUGAGGCUUCGCUGUCCGCUUUCCUUCGAGAGAGUGGACAUCCCUGUGAGGGGGGAGACCUGCAUCAUGGCGCUACGGAGCUUCUCGCUUCACUUUGGAUGCGCUGGCAUCGGUCUAUGGCUGGUGGCGGCUGGAGGCGUGGAAGAGGAGUGCUUCUCCAGCGAGUGCUCCAAUGGGCAAGUCCACGAUUCCAACUUCCUCCAAAUGCAGCUGUCACUGGACUCCCCGUUGGAAAACGAAGUACCUGUGCUUCGAUUACGCGCUGUGCAGUCUGUUGAUGGAGUCGAAGUGGUGACUCCUGAGGAGACUGGCAUUAUCGAUACCAUCAAGUCCAAAUUAAAUCCGCUUGCAAACAUCAUCGAGAAAAUCAAGGCAAAAGCAUCCGAGAAGGUCAGCAGCAACGCUCAGACUGGCGACGGGAAUUCCACCUCGGAAGAGCACCUGGUAGUGGACAGACGUAACUUCUCACAGCUUCGCCAUGACCUCAACCAAAGCCAGCAAGAACUGGCAGAUGCACAGGUUCUUGCAACGGAUUUCGAGAAAGCCCUAUUCAGGGUGGAAGCUGCCAAGCACCAGGUGUUGUCGGCCAAGGACAGUAAAGAAGCUGACUUGGAGUGGAUCCAUAAGCUGCUGGGAGUAACGAUCAAGUCUGAGAUGCUCCUUGAUAAGAACCUUCCCCUUGAAGAGGCCAUGCGCCUGAGCGAUCCUUUAGCAGAACAUGCGAAAGUCGGCGCAAAGACAGCUUUGGAGGUUGCAAAGCUAACAGAGGCUGUCCGCAAGUUGGAUCAGGAGAUCAUCCAACACAAAGCAGAGUACGAGAAGGCAUUGAAAGAUCAAACCGGGAAUGUUACCAAGAUCCAAGAGUUGCUUCGGAGUUCAAUCUUGAGAGAAAUGGCCGAUGCCAGGCUGGUUCAGGUCCUGGAUGCAUCGGAUCGCAUUGGCGGAACGGUGACUUUCACAACUACCACGGUCACAACUACCGUGGCGACUGAGGGGCCAAGCAAAAUCAUCGUUGUCGUUCCUUCAGGCAACAUAACUCGGUCCGAAAACGAGACGUCAAAGACAUCCAUGACUACGACAUCAACAACAUCCAUCCAGGCCACCUCGACGAAAGUAUCUGUGUCAACAUCGACUGAGAUUCAUCCCGCCAUGAAUGUGUCUUCAAACAGCAGCGCCGCUGAAGACAAAGUUGGACUUUACCCAAGCGAUUGGGCAGUGAUUGGAUCUCUGAUCCUGUUGGGUGUGCUGGUUGCUCUCAUCACCAUCUACAGUCGCACCGUGGGAGCUUGA